CGGCGCGCGAAAGCUGUAGCAGGAAGUGAACGUAGCUGGAGGGAAACGGCGGCCAGUUUAGGAUUUGAAUCUACAGAACUACUUCCACAAUCUGCUAACAUCUACACCAAUAUGGCAGACCCAAAGGACCAGGAAGAGCAAAACAACACCACCACCACUACCACCGCUGUUGUCGUCGCCGCCACCACCACCACAGAGGGUGCAGAUGAGACUAAUCACGAUCCCCACUUUGAGCCCAUCGUGUCCCUUCCUGAGCAGGAUGUGAAAACAUUAGAAGAGGAUGAAGUGGAACUCUUUAAAAUGCGGGCCAAACUAUAUCGUUUUGCCUCUGAGAACGACCCCCCAGAGUGGAAGGAGAGAGGAACAGGUGAUGUCAAGAUGCUGAAACACAAAGAGAAGGGCACAAUCCGCCUCCUCAUGAGGAGAGACCGGACCCUGAAGAUUUGUGCUAAUCAUCACAUCCUACCCACGAUGGAGCUGAAGCCCAACGCAGGCAGUGACAGGGCGUGGGUGUGGAACACACUAGCAGACUAUGCCGAUGAAUGUCCCAAACCUGAACUCCUGGCAAUACGCUUUUUAAAUGCAGAAAAUGCCCAGAAGUUUAAGGUGAAGUUUGAUGAGUGCAAGGAGGAGGCCAAAAAGAAUCUACAGGAAAUGGGUGAUGGUGAUAGCACGAACAAGGUGGUAGAGAAGCUGGAGGAGCUCUCGGUAAAGGACAAGGUGUCAGAAGACAAGAAGGAAGAGGUCAAAAAGGAGACGGAGAAGAAAGAAGAUGAGAAAAAGGAGGUAAAGGCUGAGGAGAAGAAUUGAGAACCAAGAACUCGCUUUGCUGCUCUUCAAUUUAUCAGUUUUUCCUCUUUUUCUACAAUAGACUUUAAAAGAACUGAAUUUGGACACUUGCAUAUUAUUAGUUUUUGUUUUUUUUUUAAAUUCUGUUUUGCCUCAAGAUCACAAGUCCUUGAUGCCACUGGGGAGAAAAAAAAACAAGCUAUAGAAAUUAUGAAAAAAAACCCACCUCCCUCCCAUCCCUUCACCUCUUUGCACUGUGGAAUGCCACACUCUCCAUCCUUGUCAUCUACAGUUCAACGAAGCGUUUGACAAACUGUGAAAAGAGGCUUGUGAUAGUGACAAUUCCCACAUUGGGGUAUUUUUUGUUUUAUUAUUUUGAGGUGUGUUUUUGAAAGGGCAGAGGAUAAUAAUGUAGCCUGCUUGUAAGCAGCACAGGGUCAGGGACCAGGCAUUAUGCAGGUGCAUCAAAAAUAGAGAAAUAUUUGUUGUUGUGGGUCCUCCUACCCUGUUCGGUCUCCAUGCUUCCACGGUUAGAAACGGCAAGUAAGGUGAAGACUUCUCAGCGAACGCCUUGUAGAAAUAGUCCCACCUCAGUUCCUUCCUGCAUCAGUUCUGUUGGGAACUGACGAGAAGAGGAAUCACCUCCAGACAGUUGAGGAGCAUCAGAUGAGCUCGCCGAUAGAUCAGAUGCACUUAGCUAAGCAUUUUAGUUUUUCCCUCUUUUCUGUAAUACCAUGGAGUCUAAAGUGAACAGUCCAUCACGGUUUGGUGCAGUGAUGCUCUGACUUAAGUUCUGAGCCAGGAAAUAGUUUGUAUUGUUUAGGUCAUAACAUUCCCACACUUUAAAGCAUGUAGUGGAGUAUAUGUAACUGAGUGUGCCCCGUCAGGUGUGUGCUCAUCACCCUUUUCCUUUUUCUUUCCACUAAAUAAGUUCUUAACCUUGCCUCUAAAGUGCAUCCAAGUGCCAGUGCAUCUGUAAAUACAUGUACAUUGGAUGAAAUGUUGCUUUUCAUUUGCGCUCAAAUGAUUUGGAAUGUUUCCUCCACCUUCGAAUAAAAGCUGUCAAACACCA